UUUAAUAUUAAUAAAACUUUGUAUAUAUUAAUAUUUGAUACAAUAUGUAAUAUUUUUAUUAUAUAUAUUGAUCAUGUAGGUAUCUGUUAUUUAAUUUUCUUUAAAAUUGAAAAACAAAUAACACCAAGCUUAGCAUGAGAUUAAACAACAUUUUUUAUCAUAAAGCGAAACACGAGUAACCAUGUGUCUAAUAUGACAAUUGACGAGUAUAAAAUAAAAACUUGCCACGUUUCAUUGUGUUGAAGGCAGGAAAAGUGAAAACUAUGUACAUUCGGACGAAACACAUUUACUAGGUAGUGUGUCGAAUCAACAAAUCGUCAAUAAUCAAAAUAAUCAAUAUGCCCGCAUUGGUUUUAGUAUCUGUAUUAGAGGCUAGAAUAAAACGUAUAAUAAAUUAAUAAACUCAAAAUCUUAUUGUUAUUUAAAAAAAUAUUAUAUCGUGCCACAAAAAUGUCUAUAAAAUUCCGCUUUCCCGCGAUUCAAGGACUACCAAAAUUAAAUAAGAAUAAUAAACUUAUGGGUAACUGUUACCUAAUGGUAAUAUACGCGAUUGACAUUUAAGUUCGGGUUUUCAAUUACCUUUAAUACAUUCAGUUAGCAUGAUUUAUCAUGAUUAAUGUUCUAUGGUUUUUGCCUUUCAUUGACCUAUUACAAUAAUUAUGUAUAAUGACGUUAAAUAAUUCUAUACCAAUGUUUAAGAAGGCGCCACACCCUAGUGUUAUCUGUCUAAUAAAACUACAUGGCACAUUUUACUUUCACAACAAUCCACUUUACUUUGCUGUUUUAAAAUUAAAGAGAAUUUACUAUCAUACAAUCAAAAAGUAAGACUAUUUAAAAAUGUAUUAAAAAAAAAAUACUGUUUUAAAAUGCUCACAAAUUGCUUCAUACUAAACAUUUUAUCACGGAUCAGUAGGUGUAAAUGACAGUGGCAAUACUAUUACACUGGGAUCGGGUGAUCGACGAUUGGAUCACGUACCACGUACGUAUAGGUAUAGUUUUAGUAUUGUCGUAAUUUAGCAAGUGUUUUCUGAUUUUCAUUGAAUGAUAAUUUCACAAGUAAUGUAUCAUAGGUCGUCGUAAAAAGGAACGCCGUUUAUUGUCGUAAUAACAGAUGUGUUGUGGCAGGCGAACUCACUAGUAACAUGGUUAUGUCGACAAUUUAAGUUAUUUACACCGACGCCAAUCAUCGGUGAAAUACGAAAGUAUAAACUGCUCGCCUCUGUCCGUAGAAUUUUUUGACGACGUCUUUGGUGAACCAUCUGCACAUGUGAGUUAUAGCAAUUUCAAUUGUAGCGACUACCGAUUUGCAAAACAAAUCAAAUUACUAACGCGAACGCACAACGCCCAGAACCUAACCUAAAAUAUUUUUCGAUAAUAUAAAUGAACAAUGAGUAUUGCGUCCGUCCGUCGUUCACAAAGAUGAAAGAAAUGAAAUAAAGAAUAAUAACACGUACUUAAAUAGUGCGUACUAUGAUAUUUUGGUAACGCGUUUAUUCAUUCAUGGCACAAUACGAAAAUGUAAAACACGAAUCUGUCAGUGUUAUCGAAUGAUAGCAAACAGUUAACAACAGAUACACAAUAAAACUGAAAACCGAGAGUAAUAUGACAAUGUUAACUACAGCUGUUGUGUAAGGACAUCCGUGCCCCGUCGUCGUAUGUCGAUAUUCCGUGGUGUGGAGUGUGGUCUAUGAACUGUUUUCGUUAUGGCGUCGUGAACAGCACUGUUAAGAUACGCGGGAAACUGCGCGACGACAAAGGCUCUGAACGCGAUCGGACGACAGUAAAGUUUUGGACUGAAGAAUGAACCAUUUACUGUAGGCGAUAUAAGCGCAUAGGAUACACUAGUAGUGACCGCGAUUGAAAUACCGUGCGAUAUAUUACACACAACGACGAGACGCGUGGAACGAUUUCGGACUAUUACUGCUAACGAACGCAGUUUGCUCACCAGUCACCAACCACUUCCCCCCCACCGACACCACUACCCACCCAAACAAAAAUAUUGCACCGUAGUCCGUAGCGCUAUUGCGUUUGUUCGGCGGCGGCCAUAGGCACCACACGGAUCCCCGCACACCAUUGCUGGGUCAAUCGGCAAUCGCACUAAUCGCAGUCUCGUCCGCAACACCGCGCCGUUUCUACGUUCUAUGACUAUCACGUUGACCACAAAUCGCAGUAUUAUUCACAAUCUACAGUGCACAGUAAACACAUAUACGGCGUUUCGUCGGUUCAUAUAUUUCAUUUUGUUCGCCCGUCUUUUUCACCGCCGUCUCGAGACGCGCAGUGCAUGUUUUUCCGUUUCUUGGCCGUGCGCACAAGUGUCAGUCCGUCACGGUUCGCGCUGGUCGGUUUCGCUUUAACCGCACGAGCUCGCCUCGCCCCUAGUCCCUACGAUAUGUUCCAACUUCCAAGCUCGGUUAGCUCACUUGAAUAGUUUGAUUUUCGUCGCUUCGGUCAUGUGAUCGUUUAGCACGUGUCUGUUUCCGCCGUCGACGGUAUUAAUUUUCACGCGAUCGUAUGUGCGCGACGAUGUUAGUACCGUCGUCGGGCCAUCCGAACCAGAUUUUUCGGUGAUUAACUUAACACCGCCGCACUUGCGUCAUUGCCCCCUCCACAUCAUCCCGCGUUGAAUAGCCGCCAUUUUUAUUUUAGUCGAGCGCGUGUUCACUUGGUUCACUUACCGUCGAACCGUGGUAGCGCGAGUAUCUGUGUCCUCCUAAACCUUACAAGCCAGGUUUCGUGGCCAUGGAAAGCGCUGAUGAACAACCAGCGCGGGACGCAGACCAACCGUCCGAAGACGAUGGUCUCGAUCCCGAAGAACUUGUAGAAGAUCAACACUAUUUCGACAAACUGCUGGUGCACCUUCAGUCUUUCUUGCCGUUUCUUACCAAAGUGAUCGACAAUCGGGAAUUGUUGGAAAUUCAACCCGAUCAUGUGGUCAAGUUGCAGUGCUUGUACAAACUGGUGGACAGCAAAAGAUUUUUAAUGGGUUUGGAUUUAUCUUGUGAUUUAUGGUUGUCGCCAGAUCGAUUAAAAACUUGUAGAAAAGUAUUUUAUGAUUUAUAUGAUAGCUACAGUAGUCCGUUGAACUAUUAUUUACCUCAAGAUUUUAAAACUAGUUGGAUGAAAGAAACUAAGCUAAAUGACAAUGAACAUAAAAUAUCCUCAGAAGUACUUAAUAAAAGUAAUCAAAACCAAAAUAGUAAGUCUGAACUCUCUAAUAGUAUAUCAGUACCAAGUACUAGUCAUGAUAAGAUGGUAAACAAUCAACCGGAUAGUCUUGAUAAUUUGACACCAAAUAAUGAGAAUACUAUUGAUAAAAACUUGGAAAAUUUUAAAAUUAGCGAUUCAUCUAGUAGCAAAAAUUUUCUCAAUGAUUCUAUGCCUAAAAAGAAUGAUCUACCUGAGUUUUCAGACAGUCGUUUAAGGCUUAAUAAGAUAAUUGGUUUUGCAGCCAAUGCUUCUAUUGAAAAACUUAAUAAGUCUGAUGCAUCUAUACCACAUGCUGAACUUACAACGCAAAUUUUUAAUGAAAUAAUUGAACAGAAUAAUGGUCCAGUUCUUUAUAAAGACAUGUUGAAAGGCAUCAACAUUGAUGAUAUUGAUGUUAACUAUGUAAAAGAUGUGAUAGAAGGUAUAAAAAAAGCUAGUUACGUGGAACCUGUUCAACCACCACCAUUACCACCAUCAGAUCUUAUGGAUUUGGGAGCAUCAAGGGUAAAUUUAAUAUCAUCCACUGAAUCAAAUUCCAAUGAAAUAGUAACUCAUGAUAAUAUUUUAUUAAGUAAAUCUACUACCACGACUCGUGCACAAACUAACACAGAGAUAAAUAAAUUGCAUAAAACUGAUUCAUCAAAUGAUAUCAGACAAAAGUUUAUAUCUGCAUUAAAACCAGGUACAUUAAUUGAUCUUGAAAAUUCAAAAGUAAGUCGUACUUCUUUACAUAUUGAGUCUCUUAGACCAGUUAUCAAAACAAAUGAGAAAAGUAACGAUUUUAUAACAUCUGUUGCUGACGUAAGUGUACCCCGUGAUCCAAGAAUAAGAAAUAAAUCUUUAUUAAGUUCUGAAAACAGUGUUAGUCAAAUUAAUACACAUCCGUCAUUAAUAUCAAAUGUACAAAACACUUUUUCAACUAAUAUUCCAACUCUCUUUCCUUCAAAUAUUGACAAUUCAAAUACCACAUUGUUUGAAACUAGAGCACAGGAAAUGUCUGGAUAUAAUGAUCCAUGUCUACCAAAUCAUACAAAUAUUAAACUGUCCAAUCAACCAUUUUAUUCAGAACAUAAUGGUGGUAACUCUUUUCAUUUUAAAAAUAGACUGUUACCUCAAAACAGACGUAAUGAUCAUCAAAAAAAUGAUUUUAAUCAAUUCAGUAAUUCUACCCAAAUGCAUGUUACUCCAUCCCAUAGUGAACCAAUGGUAAAAUAUUGUGAACCAGUGCCAUACAAGUCUCACACUAAUGAUAUAGUAUCUAAGAGAGAUCCAAGGUCUUUGAAAAAUAUUUCAGCUAUAAAUAGAGUUCAGUUUCGUAAUUAUAAAGAAUAUAGAGAAGCUAAAUAUGGCAAAGAACAAAAGGGUAUUGAAAAGAAUAAACAAAUAAACCAUAUUUAUGAAAAAAUUGAAAAAAAUAACAUAAUUAAUUCUUCUUAUAAUACUUUUGGAAUUGUAAAUGAAACAGCUAAUAUUAAAAGUUUUAAGAUACCAAAAAUUAAACAUAAUGAAGAUUUUAUUGAUAAUAGAACAAUAAAGGAUUCUAAACCUAAAACGUCUGAGAGUAAUAAAAAUAUUGCAGAUGUCUUAAAAGCUGAGAAAAAUUCCAAAAUAAUUAAAAAAACUGAUACAAUUCUUAAACAACAUAUAGAAGAUGGUCAGAAAACUGAAAUAAAAAAAAAUUAUGAUCCAACAAAAACGGAUAAAAUAAAUAUUGGCCUUACUGAUAAAAACAUAGAAAUUGAAAUAACUGAAAAUAGUAAUAUAGAUGAAGAUCUUAAAAUGAAAAUAAUGGUUGAUAAUAAUUCAGAAAAAGAAGAAAAAUAUCCAGAAAUGAAUCUUGAAAAAAUCACUGUUAACAUUCCAAGUGAGUUUAACAAGGAUGAACUUGAUUCUAAAUCUGAACAAAAUAACAUUUUAAUUGAACCUAUUAAACAUAAAAAGCCAAAGAAACCAAAAAAGUAUUCCAAGGAGAAAGAAUUUGAAAAAAUUGUAAAAGAAGCCGUUGAGAGUUCAUAUGAUAGUGAGUGUGGUCCAAGAACUAGAACAAGAUGUUCUCUUUUGAAAAAAGAUGAAACCUUAAAAACUUCUAAAGUAAAUAGCUCAAAGUCUGAAUUAAAAAAAAAUAGCCCAUCAAAAAAUAAUAAAAAGUUGGAAUCUGGUGAAUGUAGUAAGAACCUUGAUAAUGUAUCAAUUCCCAACAUUAAAGAUGAUAUUAAACCAAUUGAAAUCGGGCAUAAUAUUAUAUCGUCUACUUCAAAAGAACAAUCAGAAGUUGUCAAUUCUACAACAACUGAAAUCUUGAGUAGAAGUCAAGAAGAAAAUUUAGUUUCUUCUAAUGAGAUUAAUUCUACAGCAGAUAACCCGAAAAUUGAUGAGAAAGUUUUAAUUGACAUUUUGAAAAAUCCUAAGUUUAUGACAGUCAUAAGCAUAUUUCAAGAUGAAAAUAAAAUGGAAAAACUUAACAAAUUGUUAGAAAGUUCAGAUGUCAAUAGCAAUAAUGAUCAAUUAAAAAAUAAAGAUAUAUUAGAUGAAGAACAACUUAAUAUUGACAAACAAAAAAAGUUUAAAAGAAAAAUGAAAAAAGAAAAAAGGAAACGAAAAAAAAUGAAGAAAAAUCUUAGUGAAGAGUCUUCUAACGAAGAAAGUAUAAAUGACAUUUCGGAUGAUAAUAAUUUAAAUCAAGCAGAAAACAUAGUAAUAACCAAAAAGAAAAAUGAUACUUCAAAUGAAUUAAAUAAAGGAAAUAUUAGUUCUGGAAAUGUUAAUGAUCAUUCAUCAGCCGAUCAACAUAAAUUAAAAGCUGUAAAACGUAAAAAAUCUAAAGAAACCUAUGGAAAUUUUGAAAUUCUUAAAGACAAAUGUAAACCUGAAUUAAAAGACUUAAAAAUUGUUCUUGCUAAAUUUGAUAAAAAUAUUAAAAGAAGUGAAAACUGUAAUUUAGGUAUUUCCAGUACAAACAAUGAUAUACUAAUCAAUAAACCAAUAAAUAUUGAAAAAGCACAAGAAAUAAAACCAAAAAAACCUUUUUUAGGUCCAUUAAGUGUUAAAUUAGCAAGACAAAAAAUGGAAAUUGAACGGAAUAAUUCUAAAAAUAAACAAGACGUUAAUAACAAAUUUAAAUUUGAAACUAAAUCACAUGGAAAGGGAUUAAAAUCUACUGAUUUUUAUAACAGAAAUAGUAAACUUAUUUCUGAAACAUUAACUAGUAUAAUGAUAGAACAACCAAUUGUUGUAUUAAGUCCUUUACCAGAUCUUAAACCAUUUGAAGAAAUUAUCUCUAAUAAAUCAGCUGUGCAGAAUCAAAAUACAUCAACUGUUAUUGAACCAAAUGUUAAUGUUAGUAAACCAGAAUUUAAAAAGGCUAGAUUGUCAGAAUUAGACAAACUUCAUGCUGAUAUUAGUGAAAUGUUUGAUUGUGAAGCUGUAUUAAAUGCUUCAAAUAUACGACAAUGUAGAACCAAUAAACAAAUUGAUUAUGUAAAUACAAGUAUAGUUUUGUCAAAGAAAAAGAAAGCAUCUAAUAUUGAACAAGUAGAUUCUAAUGAUGAUCAAACUGAGUUAAUUUGUGGUGUAGGAAAACCAAAAAACACAAAAAAGAAAGUUAAAAAAUCUACACUUAAAUUAAAUACAAAAAAAAAAUAUAGUAAACAAUCAAUGGCAAAUAAAACUUUACCACCAGUAAUUGUGAAAACUGCAGUUUUAAAUAAAAUGUCUAAUAAACAACCAAAUAAAUUUAAAAAAAAAAAGGGAGGAAUUAAGAAAUUUAAGAAGUCUAGUUGUAACCAAUUGAAUAAUUCCAUUAAUAAUGCGGUAUUGAAUGAUGAAUCUGAAUUGAAUGAUGUGUCAAGCAAUGUAAUAUCUACUGAAAUAAUGCCUAAAGUUUUAUCAGAAAACGACUUUAAAGACAAAUCUUAUUUUCAAACUUCUGAUAAGAUUUUGGAAUGUAAAUUUUGUAAUUAUAAGGAUAAAGGAUUAAAUAUUGUUCGUCAUUAUAAAAAUCAACAUUGUAGAGAGGAAGUAUUACCAUCCAGAUUGUCUAAGAAUUGUAUUGAAUCAUUAAUACAUCAAUCUAUAAAAGAGAAUUUUGGGUAUCAAAAUUCUCUAGAUUCAAAAACAUUUUCUCUUGGGUCUGUAAAUGAUAAUUAUACUUGUGUUUUUUGUCAAGUUAUGUUUCAUGAUUAUUUUAAGUUUCAUGAUCAUAUAACUAGCCAUACUGGAGAAUACAGAUUCAAAUGUAAGAUGUGUGAUCAUAUUUAUUCAAAUGAAGAUGAAUUGGAUAUACAUAUUUUAGAACAUACCGAUUAUGAUAAAACUAAUGGGAUUUCACAUUUAGUAUAUCCAAAUCCAAUUUGGAGAAAAGUAGUUUUUGGAUAUUUAUGUUCCUUUUGUUAUUAUGUUCAACUUGAUUACAAUAACAUAGUUAAACAUAUGGCAUCACGACAUUUUUAUGAAGAUAAAAAAUUGAAUAGCCAUUGGACAGUGAUACGUAUUAGUAUGUCUAUGGCAGAUGAAAAUUAUAUUGAUUCUUCAAUUAGUUUUGAUACUUUGGAAGGAUGUUUACCUCCUAUAGAGGCUGAUCAGGUUAUUUCUAAAAAUAAUGAAGAUCAAAACCAAUCAUUAACUGUAAGAGAUUUAAUUAUACAAUCAAAAAAGCAAAUACAAUCUGAUUCCAUUUCAUCUAUUAAAAAAGAAUAUGUCGAACAAAAUAUUAAUGAAAUUCUACCUGAGACAAUUAUUGAUGAGAAUCUGUCAGAGAUACCUAUUUUUGAAAAUUUACCAGAUUUAACUAUUGAUAACAAUUCAGCAAAGUCAUCUAUUGAUAAAAAUCCUCCAGAGUUAAAUAAUGAUGAAAAUGCAUCACAUUUAACUAUUGAUAAGAAUUCAGCAAAGUCAUCUAUUGAUAAAAAUCUUCCAGAGUUAAAUAAUGAUGAAAAUCUACCAGAAUCAGUUAUUGAUGUGAAUCCUCCCGAAUCUAAUAUGUUUACAUAUUUACCAGAACAAGAUUAUCAAUAUGAAACAAGAAUCAGCACAGAAGAGUUUGAUAUUUCAAAUUCUGAAUACACAUUAAAAGAGAAUUCUACAAAAUGUGUUUUGGCUGGCUUAAGUUGUGAAUUGAUAAAUUCAAUGUUAUUGUUCAAAUGCUCAGUAUCGAGUUGUCUAGAAAAUCAAUUUUCAACUGUAAUUUUCAAUGAUUUUUACAAGCAUAUAAAUCAGAAUCAUCAGUUUGUAGUUUGGGAUGGAAAGUGCAAAGCAUGUCAUCACGACUUCAAGUUGGUUUCUGAACAAUAUUAUGUAAAAAAUGCAUUUGAACAUUUAGUUUCUCAUCAUUUGGUUCUAAAGAGCAAUGAACAAUCCAAUCCAAUAAUAAAUCUCGGAGGUUCAAAGGUUGACCAAAGAUUAUCUUCUUCUUGUCUAGACAUGGCCAAAAAUACUCCAAUUAUUGUAGAAAAGUCAUUAAGAGUUCGUUGUUUGCCUGGUGAUACAUUAUCCAUUCAUAAGCCUAGCAAUUCAAGUAUAAGCAAUAUUUGUGAUAUGUCUGUUAAUAAACCACCAAGUGAUCAUUCAAAUUCCAUUAACAAAAAUGUGAAUCUAAGUAUUAAUCAUGGUUCUAAUGACGGAAGUUUUCCAUUUUUGAGUUCAUGCAAUGGUGAUGUUAAGAGUUUAAAGGUAAAAGUAAAGACUUUUAAAAUGAACUCAAGUGCGUCUGAUAAUGAUGAUCUUAAUAUGUGGAUGAAAACAAAGACUAAUUGUGAGCUUGUUCUUCCAAAUUCAGAAAUAUUUCUCGAAGCAGGGCAACAAAUUGUUAAUAAUGGUAUACCCAUAGAUGGUGCAAUUUAUUUAAUAGACACAGCAUAUAGAAAAGAUUAUGAUAAAAAAGUACGAGAUUUACCAAUGAAUGUGAUGAAAACAAAAUUAGCUUUUAAUGAAAUGUCUGCUCUGCCAAGACUAUUGGGUCUUUUUAAAUGUAUGGACCGAACUUGCACAAAAAUUUUUAAUUCAAAAGAAUUAUUUAAAUUACAUAUGAAAUUACAUUUUUCAAAUACAGAGAAAAAAAAAAAAAACCAAAUUUACAAUGUUGAACAGUUUAAAAUGUGUGCCUACUGCUUUAAAAUGUUUGACGAUGAAGAAUCUUUGACUAACCAUAUUGUUGAUAAAUACACUUUUUGUGAAUAUUUUUGCCCUUAUUGCUUUUAUCGUGCUUAUACUGCCUCUCAUGUGUUGGUUCACCAGUCUGUAAUUCACACCAAAAUAUCAAAACAUCUAAUAAUAAAACUUGAAUACGACGAUGGUGCUUGCAACUAUCCAAAAGAAACGUUAUCGGUAGUAGACUUCAAGGAAUUUGUAUUGCCUUACAAAUGCAACGUUGGUUGCUGUGCUUUUUCUUGUUAUCUCCAUAACGAAUUCACAGUUCAUUUGAAUGAAGAGCAUCAACAAUGUGAUAAAUUCUGUUGUUACAUUUGUGCUAAUGAAGAUGACGGUGAAGGAUUUUUUGCUCUCCAUCCAAGUUUAAUGAUUACACAUUUCAAACUUCAUAACUUAAAUAAAUAUCAAUGUAUUUUCUGCUUGUUUGGAAGUGAAAUUAUUGAUUCAAUGAUAAAGCAUCUAGCGUUUGAACAUUUUGAAUAUGAGCCUUUAUGCUUGGAGCGUUCUACGGUAUCCGAUAAUUGCGAUUCUAAAAAUAUUAAAAAUCUGAAAAUUUUAAGAUUGAAAAAAGUCAUUGAAAAUGGAAUUAUAGAGAUAGUAAAUUUACCAGCAGAUACAGUUUCUUUACCUGAAGUUUUGCCACAAAAAUCUAAAAAAAGAUCUAUAAAGUGCCCUGAUGUCCUUUCAGUAGCUAUGAAAUCUGCUCGUAUUGAUGAAGAAUCUCAACCAUCAGAUACAAUUGUUAUUACAGUUCCUGAUAGAGCACAAAUGACAGAAAGUAGUACAUCAUUAUCCAUUGAUAAUGAAUUUAUUAUGAUUGAUGAUGUGAAACAAAAUGAUAUGCAAGAAUCACUGAAAAUAGAUUGUAUUUGGUCUGAAUCUAAAAACAAAGAAAAAGAUCCAAAAGUAUCAUCAAAUGAUGAUAUUAUUGUUAUUGAUGAUGAAGAUGAAGUUGAUUUGUCAGAGAAAGAAGGGCUUGAGGAUUCGACUAAACAAAUAUGUUUAGAGAGAGAAGAAUCAACCAAUGGAUCAAUUAAGACAAAAAGAUUAGCAUUUCCAAUUAUUGAAUUGGAUAAAUUGUUUGUCUGUAAAGAGUGUGAAAAAAAAUUUUCAAAUGGUGAUAUUUAUUUUGCUCAUUUAAAUGAAUGUCCUUUUUGGGAUAGUUCUGCUGGACAAAAAUGUAUGUAUUGUGUAAAAGUAUUUAAAACUCAAAUGAACAUGACUGAACAUAUCAAACUUCAUGGACCUGAUCGUUUCAGUUGCUAUUUAUGCAAUAUGAAUGUACCAUCUCAACGCGCUAUUGUACAUCAUAUGAAACAUAUACAUAAAAUUACUAAUUUAGAUUUUGUACCUAAACAUCCUAAUUUUACCAAUUUGAAUAAAGAUGAUUUUAUUGUCUUUGAAGAUAAAACAGUUGAGCAGAAGAAACAAAAGAUUAAUAACUUAUUAACAUGUAACAAGUGUUCAUUUAAGGGCAAUACCCGUAAAGUUAUUAUGUCUCAUAUGAAGGAUGUUCAUAAUGCUGAGGAAAAUGUUGAUUGUGAAGAUAAUUCAUAUGGUAAGAUAAUGCCAGAUCAACCAAAUGAUACAAAUAACUCUGUCAAUUCUUUAAUACCUCAACAAAAUACAAGCUUGAAAAGAAAACGUUCUACUAAUUCUGGCAAUCAGAAAGGAUCAUUAAAAGUAAAACCUAUUAUUAAAGACAAAACAAAAAACCUGUAUUUUUCUCCUGAUACUAUUGACAGUAUUCCAAAGUCUCAUAUAUUCUCAGAUCCAAUUGGUUGUUUAUUAUGUACAUACAAUACAAAGGUGCGGUCCAAUCUAAUUAUACAUUUAAAUGGACAUACAAAAGGACGAGAUAAUACUACUAAGGAAAUUGUUAAUCCUGUACCUUCUAUUGGAAAGUCUGAACUUAUGUUUGACAAGAUGAUAAAUCUCUCUGCUAGUUCAUUUGAUGCUAUGAAUACUGAAAAGAUGAAAAGAGAUGAACUUGAUAAGAAAAUUGUUGAGGUAGCCCCAGAUGACCAUUUUAAGACAGAGAUAUUUCCACAGUUCGUUCCAAAAAAUAUGCGAUAUAAAUGCUCAAUACCUCUUUGUAAUUAUACAGGUAUGACAGAGGAAAUGCUAAAGUCGCAUAUAUCAAUUCUUCAUUCCACCUACCAAUGUUACAUGUGUCCACAUUGUGUACCUCCAUGCAUUACAUCUAAAACUGUAGAACGAAAUCAAAUAGAAUUUCAUUUGAUGCACCAUGGUGAAAAUUUAUAUAAAUGUCAAUAUUGUGAUUACAUUGACUUCAAUAGAGUUGAAAUGAGAACUCACAUGAGAAAUACCCAUCUAUCAGAAAUAACCAAUUCAGUACAAUCCAAUAUGAUUGUAAUUAGAAAAACAAUGUUAGAAGAUGAUAGUAUUGACAGAGGUAGAAGCAAAGUUCCAUCUAAUGUGGCUCGAUGGGUAUGCAAUAUAUGCUCUACUGGUAUGAGAUAUACUGAAAAUGAGAUAACAUCACAUAUUCUUAUUGUUCAUAAAGUAACAAAUAUGUUUAAAUGUCCAAUGUGUCAAUUUGAAAACAAAGACGAUAAUGCUAGUAUAUUUGAAGAACAUUAUAAGUCGCAACAUCCAUCGGUAGCAGUAAAGUGUUUAAGAGUAUUUGAAAUGAUUACUGAUAAAGAAGAGUCACACAAGCAAUAUUUGGGGGGCGCAGAAAACAUUCUAGAACAGCAAGCUUUAGAAAGUAUUGAACCUACACUUGUGCCUCCUACUUGUCGAGGAAUACCUAUUGAUUCUACACCAUUGAAAAUGAACAAUAAAUCUCGUGGUAUGUCAAAAAGUCCAAAAUCAGCAACUAAAAGCUCUUCAAUUCAACCUCAUAAACAGAAAACGUUAAUAGACGUUUUUAAUAAGAAUGAUAAGUUAGGAACAAUAUCUUCAAAUGGUCAUUUUGUUUGUCCUAAGUGCUAUAUUUUUGAAACUAUUAACAUAGAACUUUUCCGUGAACAUUUAUAUAAAGAAGUCAAUUAUAAAACAUGGAAAUGCUUAAAAUGUUUUGAAAUAUCUGAUUCUCCUAAGAAAAUGGCAUGGCAUGUUAAAAAACAUGGAAUUGGAAGCAAGUAUGAAAAGAUUGAAGAUGGCGAGAAAUUAAAAUGGGUUGAUAAAGUUAUUGGACAUCAGCAUUUGUUAUUAACUGAAUUCAAUAAAAACAGUAAAGCAAAACAUGUAAAAAGUGUCGAGUCAAAUAAAACUGUUAUAGUUAAUAAUAAAAGGACGUCUUAUUCUCCAAUUAAAAAAAAAAAUACUGAACGUGAGAAAAAAGUAGUAUUAGUCCCUCAGUUAAGCCCUGAUCCUGUAUCAAAUGACGAUAUCAUUAAUUUGGUAGAUGAUUCUGAUGACGAAUAAUUUGGCAAUAAAUAAUUGUCAUGUAUCUAAGACUGACAAAUUGGCUGUUUAUUAAUUAAAUAAAAAAUGUACUAUCAUUCCGAUAUAGUUGGAGAUUAUGUAUGAAAUUAACAUUUCAAUACUGAUGUUAUUUGUUUAUAUUUAAUGUGUGUUAAUAUCUAAAAAUUAUAAUAAUUAUGUAUAAAUAUAUUUAUAGAAGACUGUUAUAUUUAUCAUUUUUGAUUACCACCUAUGUAUUUAUUGUAUGAAAGGGCUAAUUAAUUUAUUUUGUAGUAUUAGGUGAAAAUAAUUAUGAUUUUAUAUUUCCUAUGUUUUCAUUACUUUGUAUAGAAACUUGUAUAUGUAGAGUAUUGAACAGGUGAAAAUCACUUAUAACCUUUUUUUUGUGAUUAGUUUGAUAACAGUAUACCAUUUAUAUUUUAGAACUUAGUUAAGUUUAAGUACUACUAUUUUAAUAUUUUUUUAUAUAGAAUAAAAAGUAUGAAUUUUCUAUUAUUUUUGAUAA